UGAAGAACGCAAGAAGCAUCUUUGGUGUAAGAAACACAUAUUUGGAUCAUUUUAUGCAUCUUGAGUCCCUCCACAAUGGGUGUGUAUGUGUCUGACUCAACUCGUUUUUCCUUCUGGUGGAGAUUUGUACUAUGUUUGAAAAUCUGCAAUGUCGCAUUUGCUCUUGUAAGAAAACACUGUAUUACUUUGGAGGAACAUCUUCUCAGGGACAUGCCGAGGACACCACACUGUAACUAUUAUCCAGGGAUGGGUCCAUACGCAGACUGCAAUGUUUCAGACCUGCUUUCAGAUCUGUCAGAGGUAGGCCCGGAGGUUAGAUCUCUUUGUAUCAUCGGUGAUAAUACAGGCAUUCCUGCAAAUGCCUUUUCACACUUGCCUUCUUUGGAGAUUCUUCAAAUAGAUGGCAGAAGCCUGGUGAGGGUUCAUUCUGGUGCCUUUUCAGGACUCUCUAAUCUAAACUAUUUGUGGAUGCUUUUCAGUGAUGUAGAUUGUAGGUCUGUUACAAUGGAAGGUCAUGCAUUUGCUGGUUUGACUAAUUUAGAGGAGUUGACACUCAUAGGUGUGGGGUUGGCUAAUGUAUCAAGCAGCAUAUUUGAGCAAUUGAUUAAGUUAAGUCGACUAGACAUUACCAGGACUUGUGAACAGGACCUUAGUAGUAUUUUUUGUUAUCUUCCGGUUGGAAUGUCCCAUCUUAAGGACUUAAAUGUUAUUGACAGUGGAAUUUCAACCAUUGAGAACAAUGGAUGUCCAGAGCGGUCAAAGACCUGGCCUAUGACUGUCCUUGCAGGUAUUCAGAAUCUUAAUCUAAUGGGGAACCGUAUCCAAUUCAUUCAAGCACACUCGCUGGAUGUGUUCCAGAACCUCUCCAGUCUUUUUCUAGAGUUCAGGGGUGAGAGGCUUAGAAGUAUUUGGGAGUCUGGGGUUGGAAAAAUGUAUGAGCUGAGUUUGACAGGGAAUUACUUGGACAUGUACUCCACAAAUUUCAGAGACUUGUGUCAGCUUGUCUCUCGUCUUCAUCUGCAGUCACUCAGCCUCAUUUUAAUAGCAACAGACAGAUUGACUACAGAGGAUUUCAAGGAUUGUGGGGCAGAUUUGAGAACAUUAGCCAUCAGCAGAUCAAAGGUAGAGCAUAUAGACUUCAGCUUCUGGACAGAAAAAACUGGGAUACAGGCACUGCAAAUGUCCCAUAUGAUGUUGAUUGAAGCUCCAUUCUGUGUUAAUGUUAAUGAAACUGUGUGGCCCAUAACAGCACUUGACCUCACAGAAAACUUAAUUACAGAUCUCAAAGGAGACCAGUUUGCUUGUAUGCCUCUUCUCGAGCAGCUUUUUCUCAGCAAUAAUGCCAUACAAAAACUGAUGCCUCAUGCAUUUCGUGGUUUGCUUCACUUGAAAACCCUCAAGCUUGACUCAAACAAGAUCUCAUAUCUUGGUGCAAAAGAUUUCAAAUCACUCCGAACUUUGGAGGUCCUGCUUAUCAAUGAUAACAUUAUUGAAACUAUUGAGGAUAGAACAUUUAAGGACCAGGUUGAGCUUCGAGAACUGACAUUGGGCAAAUUGGAAUAUGUUUAUGAGCUACAUAUAAAUAGGAUUUUCUAUGGAUUUCCAAAAAAUAUGCAGCGGUUGCAUAUUGAUGCACAUUAUGGAACUAAUCUUUACAUGGGCCAAACAGUACGGCCCAAUGGAACAUUUAAUUUGGAGCUAAAUGGAGACCGAUUGGAUUGUUCAGACUGUAAUAAUCCCAUUUUUAAAGCUGUUCGAGAGCUGAAAGUAAAAUGCAGAUAUUUCAUAUGUAAAUCUGACUUCUUGGCACCAUAUUUCCCCAACCUAGAAUCCUUUGAGUUCUCAGGAGACUCUGAAAGAGUGACUACCAGUUACACAGAAAUUAACACUCUGCACAAUCUAAAGCGUCUCAAGCUCAUCAACCUCAACUUCUUAAACCAUACAGAUGUUGGAAGAAUCUUCUGGAACCUAACACAACUCCAAACCCUUGUAGUGGUAAACUGCCAUCUCAGCUUCCUGACAAAAAGCAUGUUUAAAGACCUGAAGUCUCUGCAGCUGUUGCGUCUCUACAGUGACAGCCCUUUAUUCUUGACUGAUGGGAUGUUUGAUGUUUUGCCUGCGCUAACAGCCUUUGUUCUAGACAAAGUGGACUUCCAGUGUGAUUGUAAGAAUGGCUGGAUUUUUGAUUGGGCAGAAAGCACCACAGAAGUGCAAGUAAUCUACAUUCAGAAGCAGCAAUGUGUCUGGCACUACCACAAAUACAACUUUUUGGAAACCAUGGAAAAGCUGUGUCAGACUGACACACAGUUCUUGUGCUAUCUAGGCACAGCUGUCAGCAUUUAUCUGCUGUUGUCAGUGGCAGUUGGAUAUCACUUUUUUCGCUGGCCUUCUGUGGUCCUAUUCUUCCGCCUGAGAGGAUGGUUGGAGAGGAGGUUUGGUCGGCAAUGGCACAGAAGGAGAAGAAGAUUUGAGGGGGUGGAUGGAGAGAUGGAGGAAGUGAAGUAUGAUGCCUUCGUGUCAUUCUGUUGCCGUGAUGAAGCCUGGGUCCUGAGGGAGAUGGCUCCAAGGUUGGAGGAACAAGGUCACCCUAGACUGAGGCUAUGUCUGCACAACAGAGACUUUGAGGUGGGGAAAAGUAUAGUGGACAACAUUGCAGAGAGCAUCUACAGCAGCCAGUGCACAGUUUGUUUGAUAAGUCGCUGGUAUCUACGUAGUGACUGGUGCAGUCUGGAGAUGCGAUUAGCCACCCACUGGCUGCUGGAAGAUCAGAAACACCGUCUCAUCCUCAUCUUCCUUGAACACAUCUCUCCCUUUGAGCUCUCUGCUUUCCAUCGUUUGGCCAAAAUGAUGAGAUCCCGUACAUAUCUGGACUGGCCAGAGGACAGAGGGGAUAGAGUGCACUUCUGGGAUCGUCUAAGAAGGAACAUUGUAGAGGAAGACGAGGAUGCUUCUUGAGACUACGGAGUGCCCACCUGCGACCUUCCACAAACCCUUGAAUGAAUAAGGACAACAUCAUGUUGUCAUGGUGCAGUGUUAAAAUAAAUCCAUUAUACAUUUAUAAAAUGUGUAUUGAUACUGUACAUUAACCUGUUCAUUUAAAGCUUAUUAUCUAUCUAAAAAAAACCUAUCUUUUUUAUUUUCAUUUCUGUAUGAUUGUCAUCUUCACUUAAUUGUUAAACUGAUAUUAUUGCUCUCAUCAAUGUUCCUGCACAUAAUUUGUGCAACAGAAAAUAGCUUUCAAUUUAUUUGAUUUUUUAUGACAGAUGAUGUUAACCAGAAGAUGUUUUCCUAAAGAUUCUGGGCCUUGACUGUCUAGGACAAAAGACUCUCAGAAAAUGGAGGAAAUGAGAUACUCUAGAAAGAGAAGGAGAGGUGUAGAGGGGGAGGGAUAUACAUGUAUGUAUGUUUGA